ACUUUUAGAUGGAAUUCGACGGGAAUAUCGCGGACGAUGAGAAAAAUCCAUCUAACAUCGACUCUCCCUUCGUUAUAUCCACCGAAAGGAAGGAGGUGCCGCUGAAAUGGAAAGACUCAUACAAACAGAUAUUGGCAGGAUGCACGGCGAAUACAAUCGUGAUCCAGGCUGGAAUAAAUAUGGCUUUCAGCGCGGUUCUGCUUCCCCAAUUAAACGAAACCGGUAGCGAAAUGACGGUCACAAAAUCCGAAGCAUCAUGGAUAGCGAGUUUAGUUACCAUAGUUUUGCCUAUAGGAGCUCUAAUAGUAGGACCAAUAAUGGAUAGAUACGGCAGGAAAAAAGUGUGUUUACUAACGAAUAUUCCAAUUAUUAUCGCCUGGACUCUUGUAUAUUAUGCGAAUAACGUGUGGUAUCUUUACAUCGCCAGGUCAAUCAAUGGAUUUGCAGGGGGUUUAUCCACGGUAUCAUUAGUUUAUGUCAGCGAAAUAUCCCAUCCAAAGUUAAGGUCGAUGUUACUGAGCUUGAAUAGUGUGUUUGUUACUUUCGGAAUAUUAUUGACUUGUCUACUUGGCUUGUGGUUCACCUGGCGGACCAUGUCUUUCAUCUUCAUAAUAAUGACGGUUUUCUGUUCCAUCGCCAUUUGGUUCAUCCCUGAGAGCCCCUACUGGCUAAUUGUCUUCAAAGACGACUAUCGCGCCACUACGAAAUCACUAAGUUGGAUUUACGGAAAAAACAACCUGUUACACGAACACGAGUUUCGAAGAAUAUUAGAGAGCAAGCAGCAGAAACCUCGCGAAAAGGACGACGAGCGAUCGACUUUGCUCAAAAUCAAAGACGAUUUCAAGCUGUACAAAUCGCCUACAGUAUACAAACCCGUUAUCAUAAUGAUAGCGAUAUUCAUGUUCCAGCAAUUUUCCGGAGCGUACGCCAUCAUAUUUUACGCCGUGGAUAUAUUCAGGACCAUCGGGGGCCGGUUCAAGCGGGGACUGGACGAGUACGUGGCCUUAGCUCUGCUAGGGAUCAUCAGAUUCGUCAUUGCCAUAGUAUCUGCGAUGAUUUCGAAGAAAGUGGGAAGAAGGCCGCUUAUGUUUGUAUCAGCUUUGGGCAUGUGCAUAACCAGCGUGAUGGCCGGUUUGUACAUGUAUUUAGACAUUGUUCCCGAUGAUGUUUACGAAAAAAUGAACAUUACCAAAGACAUUUCGAAGAACAACGUCGCUCUAUACUGCAUUUUGGGCUACGUGUGUUUCAGCUCUUUGGGGUACUUGGUGAUACCUUGGACGUUGAUUGGGGAACUUCUGCCCGUCAAAGUUAGGGGGAAAUUAUCGGGGGUGUUGAUUAGUGUAGUUUACGUUUUGAUGUUUUUGGUUGUGAAGAUGUUCCCUUUCAUCAUGGAUUUAAUUAGUCUGCAAUAUCUGUUUUACCUUAUGGCUGUUAUUAAUUUAAUCGGUUUUGGUUUUCUGUAUAUUUUCCUACCGGAAACGCUAGGGAAAUCCUUCUUGGAUAUAGAGAAAUAUUUUCUUCAUAAAUGA